ACGAACUAGGAAGCCAUGGCUUCAUUCAACAUAGUAACCAUCAUGGCGUCUUCGAAGGUGUUGUAUAUGACCGAGCUCCUCCAGGGAAUGCUGAAAAAUGCAAGGCCCGAAGUCUCCACGAGGCUUCGGACUUUGCACACAUCUGCAGGGUCCCAGGCUAAGGAAGGAGAAGGACCCCAGGCCAAGCACUUCCCUGUUGUUAAGACGCCCAUGUUACCCAAGGACACCUUCAAGGGCAAAACUGCCUUCAUCACAGGAGGGGGCACAGGCCUGGGCAAAGGAAUGGCUACCAUGCUGAGUGCUCUUGGUGCUAAUGUGGUCAUUGCUGCUAGGCGACUACCUCUGCUAGAAACAACAGCUGGCGAAAUCACUAGCCAGACAGGCAAUCCAGUUUUACCUGUGCAGAUGGAUGUGCGCAAUCCAGAUGCAGUCAAAGCUGCUUUUGAUGCAUGUGAAGCUAAGUUUGGUCUUCCAAACAUAGUCAUUAACAAUGCUGCAGGCAACUUCAUUUCACCCUCAGAGAGACUCAGCGCCAAUGCUUGGAGGACCAUUACAGAUAUAGUGCUCAAUGGAACAGCUUACGUAACACUGGAGGCUGGCAAGCGGCUUAUCAAUGCAGGCCAAGGUGCCGCAUUUUUGGCCAUUACAACAACAUACACAAGAAGUGGCUCUGGCUUUGUAUCCCCAAGUGCAUCAGCAAAAGCAGGUGUUGAAACUCUGACAAGGUCACUUGCGGCAGAGUGGGGCCGUUAUGGGUUGCGUUUCAACUGUAUUGCCCCAGGCCCUAUUGAGACGGAGGGUGCAUUCAGCCGUCUAGACCCAACUGGCUCCUUUACCCAGAUUGCACAUGAACGCAUCCCAGCUGGACGUUUAGGAGAAGUAGAGGAGUUGGCAAACCUAGCAACUUACCUUGUGUCUGAUUAUUCUACUUGGAUGAGUGGAGAGACCAUAGCUCUGGACGGUGGCAGUUUUCGUUUGGCAUCAGGAGAAUUCAACGGUCUUAUCCAGGUAACACCAGAAAUGUGGGAUCAGAUGGAAAAGUUGAUUCGAGCAAGUAGCAAGAAGCAAAAGCAAUAAAGUGGACAUGAUUUGGAAGGGGCAGAGAACCUUAUAUUCUUCUUUUUUAUCUAAGAGAUUAUAUGUAUUUGAAAUCUUUAAAGAAAUGUUAAAAUAGUUUUAUUAAAAGGAUUUAAAUAAUUUUAAGACCUUUCCUUAUCUUUGUAUAAAGAAAUAGUCUUUGCCACCAGUUACUCACAAAUAACAUGUGUAAAUAUGUAAUGAAUUGUGCAAAACUACAAAAAUGCAUUUAUAUAUAUCAUGGUAAAAUGUAAAUGUAGGUAUAUUUUGAUAAAUCAACUUUCAUGCCUCAAUUCACCGCCUUCUAAUAAGUUCAUACUGAUUGUAUAAUAAACCAUAAAAGAA